GUAGGCAAGUAUCUCUUGUAUGAAAUUGAUAUUUUAAUCUGUAUGUAUACUAUCAUUAAUGAAAUGAGGCAUACAUUUAUAUAAGUAGGAAAUUUAUUAUGUUAUUUAUCAUUGCAGAUACAUCUGUCUCUUCAAGUACUUCAGCUUCUCCAUUGUCAUCAGCAUUACCACAAUCAACGGCAUCAGAUUACGAAGUUAUUAGAUCCAAUACCAUAGUAAACGGUGAUCCUGUUUCAUCUACAGAAGAAAUAAUAGUAGAACGACCUUCUCUGAAUAUUCCUACCAACCCUUGGGAAAGGGUACAACAACUUGGCAACAAUUUGCAACAAACAGCAACUUCUGCUGCUGAAACUGACAUAGAAAACUUAGUGUACACCACUUUGCAAGAAUUAUGGGAGCUAUGGAACUUAUGGAGCCAAAGAAGAGGACAAUUAGGAUUGCCACCAUUAUCCUUACCAUCAUCCGGCUCAUCCAAUUCUGGUCCAAGGAGGUGGAUUGACAGGAGUGAAGUUGGCAACGUUUGUGUUUGUUACGAUGACUCUAAGUAUAUCCCCUGGAAUGUGCGAAGACAGAUCGCAGCUUAGGGCUCCAUUCACACUGCAAUGUUAGUCACGAUCAAUCUCGAUUCAUUUAUCUGAACAUAGCUACAAAAUUACCUUAAAUCGUCAUAUAACUCUUUUGAGUUUUGCUCUUUUGAGGGCAAAACAAUAAAUUGAGUUGUGACCAUUUUGGGCACACGCAUGAAGAAGGAAAUUGUUGUUUUGUAUAUUUUGUAUAUGCAUUCUUUUAUCUCUUUUUACUGUGUAUGUAUAUGUUUAUUGUUAUUUGUGUGUUGAAAGUAAUGCAAAUAAAUCAUCUAUCUAUCUAUCUAAAUAUCCCAAAUAUGUCUUGACAUGCAAUUGGAAGUAAAUUCUUUAAUUAUCCCUAAAUAUCAAGCCAAAUAAAUAAAAUAUUUGCACUAUAGUAGCCAUUCACAGUACACUGCUGAGCAUAAGCCUUCCCUUUACGCAUGUAAUUCUGGUAAAUUGUUAAUAAUAUAGUUUUCAUUGGCAAAUUUUGUAUUUUUUUUUUAUUAUCCGUUACCCUUUUUUUUUGUCGAGGGGAAAUGCUUCAUGCAGACCCACAUAUCUCUCCCGAGGUACUGCCGGACUCUUAUCGGCUAAAACCCCCCGGUGUUUCGUCCACCUAUUGCCGGAGCCGCGGGGAAUCCGCUUGAACCCUAAUCAUCAUCAUCUGUUCUCUGUCCACUGAUGAACAUAGACCUAGGGAGGGGGAGAGGAGGGGGAGUGUUGCAUAUUUAGUUUUCUAAUUUGUCUUUGUUUUAUGCCACAUUUUGUUUUAUAUUUUAUACGGAGUGGUGAAGUGAACUUCUCUUACUGAACUAGAACAUUCUGGGUUUAAAAAGUAGUGAAAAACAAGUUUUUUUUUUAAUUGUAGUGCUAUUGUACUUGAUAUAUCCCACCCUGUCCUACCCGGUCCUAUCGUACCCUUAACUUAUUACUCAGAUAAGGUUUUAUCUACUUUCCCUAUCCACGGAAAGAGAGGAAAUAAUAAUUUACAGAGGUUUUUUUAUGCAAC